CAUCCCCGGGCAGAGCCUUGCUUCGGCCUCGUGGCUAGGUUAGAGGCCAAUCGCCCCUCCACGAAGGUUGAAUCGAUGCGGUCGCAUCACCAUUUCGGAAUGGAGGGACAGCGCAUUUAGUGAAGUACCGGAGAAGAGUGGGUGGCAUUCCGCCCCUUUGCCCCGAGGGGCUGUGCCUCGGUGCAGCCGAGUGCAGCAAAUCUGUUGCAUGUGGCUGGUAUCUUAUGGCUUAGUUAUGCGAGCUAGCAAGUGCUAUAUUUUUAAUUUAUUUGUAAGUUUUUUUACACGUGCAACUUGCAACCAACAUGCAUUAUACUCAGUCUUAGAACAGAUGUGGGGGCCGUCAGGUGUUUUGGCGAAACCGCGGAAGAGGCUGAGGCUCGGUGAGAAUCUAACUUGUUAGUUGCGGGGUUACGACUCAUUGUUCCAAAUCGAGCCGCAAACUUGCCUCUCCGUAAGAAGUCGUAGUUUAUCCAGCUAAUUGUAAGGACACACUGAGGACAGCUCUCGCGUCGGGUGUUUUCAGCCUUGGCAACUUUAAGACUUGUGGACUUCAACUCCCAGAAUUCCUUAGCCAGUACCGUCCUUUAGACCAUAUACUAUAGCUUUUUGCAAGAAAAAACUGGAUGGAAGGAAAAAUAUAUUAGGGACAAAUGUUUUCCUUCCUCUCCUCACUUUCUGAGAGAGUGAAAUUGCCUGUUGGCUUGUUGUGAUCCUUUCCCCAAAGCGUCAAAGUGGUUUAUCUCCCUUGUGUCUUGUUUUAAAGAGGUUAAAAUAACAGAAAUGAUAGUUCUGCCCUAGCAAAGCAAUAUGUGUUAGAGAAAGCUGUUUCUGAGUAAUGAAGUCUCCUACACAGGGUGGCUUGUGGAGCAUGGCGCAUAAGCAAAAUUUUAGCAAAGAUUUAAACACGAACUUUAUUACUCUUUUUUUAAAACCUGAAAUAAUGGGCUAUAACAGUGCUGAAAGAAGACUUGCCAGACAGAUGAAAAAUUGGCAUUUAUCUCUUAUCAGAGGUUCUCAAGCAUAUUAGUGUCAGUACCCAUUUGCAUUAUUAACAAUGAUUGAGGGCCCCAAAGAGCUUUGGUUUAUGUGGGUUGCAUCUAUCAAUAUUUACUGAAUUAGAAAUUAAAACAAAGAUUUUAAAAUACUUGUCUCCAUAGAUCUCCUGGAAGAAUCUCAGGGGUCCCCAGACCACAUUUUGAGAAUCGCUAUCUGUAUCAUUCCUUAACUCUGGGUCAAAUUGACUGCAUGCUAAAUAUUAACUAAAUUUGUCAUGACAACUGCAGUUGUGCUAGUAUCUCCUAUACAUAUGUUAAAACAGUUGUAAAAUAUAGCCUUCCAUAGCCUUCCUCCCUCACUUCAACAAUCCUACACAGCAGUUAUCAUAAGGUGCAAAUUUAAUUUUAAAUGCAAUUACUUCUCUGUUGCAUUUCCAAGGAGACAGAGAAAUAACACUUUAUAUAGGAUUGUGUAGGUGUUGUAUUAGCACAGGCAUAUAAAGUGUUUUGUAAUGAUAUCUAAUAAUAUUUUAAUUCCAAAUUCUUUAAAUUUUAAAUUAUCAAAAUAUGUGGAAUGCAUAGAUGUCUGCAGAAUAUGGUUAAAAAGGUACGACGGCAAACAUGAUAAAGUCAAAAAAAUUGCCUGUUUUUAUGUGCAUUGCAACAUAUCUAAAAAAAAAAAAAAACAGUGGGGUUUAAUUGUACCAGCAUAGUUGCCAUCUUAUUAUUUAAAAAUCAGACUUUGUGGAUACCUAUGUGGGGUAAGACAGAAACUUCAUCUUCCCACUUGAAAAUAUUUGGUAUUUUGUAAUAAAAUAAUAAAGUUCAUGGCUGAAUUGGUAAUGCUCAAUGAUAGGGGAGGAUAUACUAUACUUUGAAACCAAUUUUAAAAAAUCCAUCUAUGUCUAUAUACACCAUACAGCUCGAUAAAAAGCUAUACUUCCGAAGAAUAAUAGAAACAUGUAGGAAGCAUCAUGUAUACAUAUUUGGAAACUUGUUAUCUAUAGUAGAGUAGCCAAAUAGUGUAUUGUUUAAGGUCUGACGUCCUGAUUCUAUCUUUAUUUAAGCAUGCAAGGCAGCUGGAUCACCUAUAACUAGUCAUUCUCAGCCCUAAUCAUUCUUUUUUAUUAUUUUUAUUUUAAUAUGCUAUUUAUUAGGGUUAUUUUAAAGGCCUAGUCAUUCCCCCUUAACCCUGGUCACUCAAAGCCCCACAACAAGCCCUGUUUGAAAAAGGCAAUACAUUCUCCCCCUCUUGUCACAAGCAUUGAUAAGCUUUGCUGUAGUUACUAGGUGAAUGCAGGGGGAAAACAAGCAGAUCCUGCAAACGGAACAAAUAUUAGGAGCAACAGCCAUUUUGUUACUUACGAUAUCCAAAUAUUGAACAGUAUUAAAGCAACUUGGAUUAUGUGAUUGUACCAAAUGAAACAAUAGAAUAUUGCAUAAAGCUGUAUUCGUAAUUGCUGCUACUUCAAGAGGAUAAGUUAAAAUAUGUAUUUGUGGGGAAAGAUUUGCUAUAAUAAAAGUGAUUUUGAAGAAGAGGUGAAGAAAGAUGGAGCAACAACAGAAACAAAUAAAAUGGAAAGUUCUGGGCAUGCACAGAAAAAACGUUCAGUUACAGAUGAUUGUCAUUUGAAACAGGAAGCUAAAGCGAUGGAGGAUAACAGUACUGAGGAAGAAAAGCAAUCUAAACAGGCAGAAUCUGAGAAGGAACAUAUAUUAGGCAGUGGUGCUCGUCAUUCAAAUAAUGCUCUUUCUUUGUUAGCUUCUUUAAAUCUGGAGGAUCCAGUUGAUAGAAUCACAGCACAAAAUGAACAAACCCUUCAUGAAAACAUACCAGUGCAAAUUCCCCUAAGAAAGAAAGAAUGUGAAGAAAAUUACUACACAGAUGAAGAAGACAGUAGCGAUGAUAGCAGAAAUCAGAGAGUUAGACAUAAGCUCUCUAAACAGCCUAAUGGUGCAAAGGUUAAUAGGAAUGUUAGUUCUUCCUCCUCUUCCCCAUCAUCUAGUUCUGAUACAGAUUAUUCAGACACAGGAUCUGAUGGUUGCUUGUCAGACUCAUCAUGUUCUUUAGAAAAGAAAAACAUAAGAUCACCACUUCUUUCAUCAGAACAACAGUCAAGCCAAGGAAUAAAGUCAGUGGAAAUAAAAUCAAAACUGGGUGAUCACACAGAAGAGUCUGAAGAUACAGUGACUGAUGUAACUCCUCUGUCAACACCAGAUAUCAGUCCCAUCCAAUCUUUUGAAGUAGCAUCCAAUGAUAAGAAAUUAAAGGUUAAAAGACAACAAAAUGUGAGCCAGGAGUUAUAUGAACCUGAGGUAGAUCACAAAUGUCUUCAAAAGGUACUGCAUGAAGCUAUGGACUUGAAUAAUCUUUUGAAAGCUUUUCUGAACUUGGAGAAAAAGGAUCAACAAGAACUGGCUUUGAAUCAGUCUUCUCUAGGAUCAAGGAAAAACUACUCAUUCACAAAUGAGGAAGUACGACAAAUUGAUCGGGAAAACCAAAGGCUCUUAAAAGAAUUGACAAAGCAUUCUGCAAAACCUAGAAACAAAAGUGCUUCAGUGAAAAAACCGUCAGGCUCAGCACCUAAAAUGUACCACAGUGCCAUCAACAGGCAGAGGGAACAGCAGAGGAUCGACAGAGAGAAUCUGGCUUUUUUGAAAAGACUUGAAGCAGUGAAACCAACAACUGGCAUGAAGCGCUCAGAACAGCUCACAGACUAUCAGCGGCAGAUGGGCUACUUUCGCACUGCUGGAACUCCGAAGCGAGGAAAGUCUGCCUUGAAUCAUCAUAGUCCAUCUAGAGGUACAUCCCGAACUUCCAGUCAUAGUGCAUCCAGUACUAUAAAUCGAAGGAGUGAAAAACCAGUUUUUGAUAAAUGGUGCACUGCAGCAGUUGAACCCCAGUAACAUUCAUGGCGCCUGGUUAUAAAUAAUUUGCACUUCGCUAUCAGAAUUCUAAACUCUGAUGUUUUGGGGAUUACUGUAAUUCUGUGCAGGACUAUUGUAAUAUUGAAUAAUUAAAGGAUACUGGAAAGUAGUAUUAACUAUAAAUGGAUACAAUCUUGACUUUUUUUCCUCAUCUUUCUAGUAUGUGUUGGACAGUAUCUUUAUAGUCAGUAUUUCUUAAAACAAUACUUGUAUUAAAAAGUGAUAAUAUUGCAAACCUUAUUUUCUCAAAGUCAAAUGAAAUUUGGUUUUGAAAAGUUGUUUAGUCUUAAAUUUUGAAUUACCAUGAAUUUUAAUGUAACUUUGUUAUUGCAAACUUUUAAUUUCAUAAUUUACAAGAUCUAAUAGAAAUAUUAGAUGGAGAGAACAUAUAACAUACAACUUGGCCUUGGUGCUGUCAGUUACAACAUGGAAAACAAAAACUGAAUCUUUUCAGAUCAAUUUUAGUUUAAUUUUAAAAAUAUAGAUUUUAGAUAAGCAGUAGAUAUCUAAAUAAAGGUAAAAAGUAUAUCUCUAAAGAUCUUGUACUCUAAUAUUAGUGUUGACAGUUUUGGUCUGUGAUGUAUUUGCACAAUUAUAUUUAUUAAAUUCUCUAAAAUUUUGUUUCUUGAAGUAAAAAUGAACAGAAAUCUUGUGGGUGUACUUCUUAAAUCUUGGCACUUUGGAAUCUUUCCAUAAGCAUAUUUUUCUUUGACAAAAACUACAAAGUGUGAUUAGUUAUGAAGAUAUGAAAAUUGUACAUCUGUCCUUUAAAAAUUAAGUAAAAUAUUUGAUUGAACCACUUCAGUGUGCAUUUUUUCCUGUAAUUUGAGCCAAAUAUUGUAACUAGGUUUUUAAAAUCACAUUCUGCUUUUAAUUAUAUUUGUAAUAGUUUUCUGCUCCAGAAUAUUAUUUGGAUUCCCCAUCAUUCAUUGAUUUAAGAAAUAAUUUCUAGUUAAUUUCUUGUGUGAAUUACAUAUGCAUUUAUCUUAAUAUUUCUAGGUUGUAAUAGGCUAGGUUGAUAUCUCAAUUAUCCGUCCAUAAUUAUCUGUAGAAUAUAUCAGUAAAUUCAUGUCUGUAUAUAAAUUACAUACAUGAACAAAACAUUUGCAUUUUAAUGAACAUAAGUUUUACAUGAAGAGGCACCAAGACAGUGCAAUUACAAUUAAUUAAGUACUGAAGUAAUACAAAAGCAAAACUAUGGAGAUAAGCCUGAUUUUCUUUAUAAAUAGGAACAAUAUAAAGGGAGAAUGCAACAAUAUCUAGAAGCCAUUCAUUUCCCACAGCAUGCUUUUCAUUUCAGUAUAUUUCCUAAUGAUUUCAAACACCACUUCUGCAAACAGAUGUUUUUUUUCAAAAGGUGCUAUGGUAUUUGCACCCAUAAAUAAGGUACUAGUUCAUUUUAGCGUUUUAUCUGCAGUAUUAUCCAGCUUUAUAUUUUAAAUACUUGUGGAAAAACAACCUCCUCAUAACAUAAGGAAUUUAUAUCUAGUAAAUAUUCUAGUCAUCAGAAAAAUCAGGAAAUGGAUGUAAUACAUUUUAUAUGCCCAUAUGUGUUUUAUCAGUGAACUACUACUAAGUAAGGUACACAACUCCAGAACCAUAUACAGCUUCUAAAAGAUUUUAGAUAGGACUGAAUAACUUCUAAAAAUUCUCACUCUUCUGCAAUGAAUGGCAUAAA